GAGGGAGAAGGCUCUGAUCUGUUCAUUAGCACAGGCAGGUGGAGGUGGAAACUGCACUCAGUAAACUCCAGGUGCCCAUUAGUCUCAGCCAGAUCCACCUGGGGAAUCACUGCUGGCUGUUUAGACAAAAAGUCCUGGGUUUCUGCUCAAGAGAGAUCCUUACUGGAAGGCAGCAUGUCCAAUUUCACCUUGAGAAAAGCAUCUCCCACAGGAAACGAUAUGAAGGGUACCACUCAGGGGAUCACAUUGAGGCAGCAGGGUUUUCAUGAGGUGAACAAAAGAAGGGCUUUGUUACAGGAUAACAGCUGGAUAAAGAAACGUCCUGAAGAAGAAAGAGAAGAAAAUUAUGGUAGGGCGGUGCUCCAGCGACAUAACUCCCACGAUGCCUUGGACAGGAACACAAAUGAGAGAGAUGAGCCAAAAGCCACAAUCAGUCGGUACAGAUCUGAUGACACUUUGGACAGGAUUUCAGACAGAAAUGAUGCUGCUAAGACAUAUAAAGCCAAUACCUUGGAUAACCGACUAACCAACAGAAAUGGGUCCACGUUUCGAUCACCGGAAGCGACAAAGACGCAGCCUGGAGGUUUGUUCAGCGCAAAUGCCACCAACACCCCAGCUCCCACCGCUGCUACGACUCCUGUAAAGAAAAAGAGACAGUCCUGGUUUCCACCGCCCCCUCCAGGUUAUAAUGUCACUCCAAGCACAGGAUCAAGCAGAAGGGAACCAACUGUUCACCCUCCAAUACCUCCCAAACCCAGUUCUCUUGUUUCAUCUCCUAACCAGCUGAGGCAGGAUAACAGGAGUCAGGAUCUUGAGAACAUCGUCACAGUGGCCACUUCACUUCAGAAAGCUGACAAGGGUGAAGAAUUGGAUAAUCUCAUCAAAAUGAACAAAAGCUUGAACAGAAAUCAAGGUCUUGAUGGUCUCUUCAGAGGAAAUCUUAAGGCAGAGCCAACAGAGAAAAGAGCCAAAAGCCUUGAAAAUCUCAUCUUUGGGAAUCCCCAGACAGACAAAGAUGGCAAAGGAAACCAAGACCUUGGGAGUCUUAUUAAAGUUAAUCAGAGGACUGACAAAAAUGGAAAAGUGUCCGUAAAUCUUGACAACAUUUUAAAAGUGGAUCUCCAAAAUGACAGAGAUAGCCAAGAGAAACAAGAUCUCAAUGGGCUUAUUAAAGUGAAUCCUGAAACAAAUAAAAAUAUCAAGAGGGGCCAGAGCCUUGACAAUCUCAUCAAAGUGAGUCCUGAAGUAAACAGAGGUAACCCAGGUUCCAAAGACCUCGACAAUCUCAUCAAAGCGAAUCCAAGAACAGGAAACAACGGGCAAGGGGGCCAAAGUCUUGACAGCCUCAUCAAAGUGGCUCCUGAAACAAACAGAACUAACCAAGGGAACCGAGACCUGGACAAUCUUAUCAAAGUGAUUCCCUCAGCAAAUAAAAGCAGUGAACAAGGUCUUGAUAGACUUAUUAAUGUAAGCCUCAAAGCUGUCAAAGACACGACUGGGAGUCAAGAUCUUGAUAAGCUCAUCAAAGUGAAUCCGGAAACUCUCACCAACGACCGAAGAAACCAGGAUCUCGAUAACCUCAUCAAAGUGAACCCUGAAGUAAUCAGAAGUAAUCAAAGCAAAGCUUUGGACAGUCUUAUUAAAGUGAAACCUUCAGCUCUCAGAGACACAAAGCGAGACCAGAACCUGGAAAAUUUAACUGAAGUAAAUUCAAACAUGUCUAAGAAUAAGAAUGGAAAGCAAGAUGGCCAAGUCAAUGGAUCUACUGAUGCUUUAAACAAUCCGUCCACUAAAGCCAUUGCCUAUUCUUAUGAAGCCAAGAAGACUCGCAGCUCCAACGCCGAAACUAGGCAUGUGGGACCAAAGGACACUGUUGUGUACACAAGGACAUACAUGGAGAAUAGUAAAUCACCAAAGGAUGGCUAUCAGGAGAAUAUCUCUGGAAAAUACAUACAAACUGUUUAUUCAACUUCAGAUAGGUCUGUCAUUGAAAGAGAUAUGUGCACUUACUGUCGAAAACCCUUGGGCACAGAAACUAAGAUGAUUUUAGAUGAAUUACAAAUUUGCUGCCAUUCCACUUGCUUCAAGUGUGAAAUAUGCAAACAGCCUUUGGAAAACCUACAAGCCGGUGACAGUAUUUGGAUUUAUAAGCAGACAAUACAUUGUGAACCUUGCUAUUCAAAAGUUGUAGCAAAGUGGAUUCAGUAAUCCUGGAACAUGAAAAUCAAGAUGAAAGCAUUCAUUAAGGAAUUAAAAUGUUUCUUUUAAGAACAUGCAAUCUAGAAAAGCUUUUAUACCAACGAUUGGCUCUUGUAUAGAAUUAACAGUUCUGCUACUGCGUAAAUACUCUAAGUGCCUUCACUAAGGUCACAAACAUAAAGGGAACCAUCUGGUAUCUGGUAAAAUUUAGUGAUGAAAACUUCAAGUGGUUCUAGUUACUAGUAUCAAAGAAAGGAUGCUUCUGAUGGCAGUGUUGUCAGCUUUGACCAGAUCCAUCUCUGCUCUGUUGGGCUGUGUGUCAUGGUUUCCAUUAUAGGCAAGUUUCCCAUUUUCUCACUUUUGUUUCCUGAAGAAUUUCAAUUUGCAGACAUUUUUGACAUUGUUACAAAACUGUUACAGAAGCAAGAUAUGCUUCCUUUAUAUACAAAAGAAAUAUUCAUAGAACUUUGACAGAAAGAUAAAUUUUGGCAGAAAGAGUUAGCAUAUAAUGUUGGAUGGACCUCAAAAAAUCACUUAAACUCUUUCAGAUUUCUAUGCUAUUAUUUGUAAUAUGAGGGGCAUUGGGCACAAUGAUUUCUAAGGUCGCUCUCUGCUCCAAAACCGUCAGACUGUAAACCUGACUAGUUUUUGUUUUCUCUUUAGUAGCAUAGCUGAAUAUGUGUUUGUUAAGCAUAUUGAACUAGAUAGAAUAUCUGAAAAAUUGAACCUUAGUGUCAUCCUUCCAUUUAUCACAGAUAUAAGUUUUAUAGAAUGUAUUUUAAGAACCGAAAGAUGUGGAUUUAUGGGAAAUGGGUGAAAUCAUAUGACUGGUUUACGUAUUAUAAUUUGUUAAGUUUUCUUUGCAUGCAUUUCAAAAUCUGGAUUUACAAAUAGUCUCUGAGAAACAAUGGUUAUGGACUACAAAGACAUGUUCCUUAGCACGUUACAUCUAUUCCUAUUACAUAGCACUUCAUAGUUACAGAAGGCUUGUGAAAAUAAAACAGUCCGUUACACUGAAUCUUUGUGUGCAGUGUCUGUAUCACUCACUAACAUUGAUACUGUCAAGUAGAGUGAUCACAGCUUAUUAUAUUCUGUGCCAUGCUGCUUAACGUUAAUUUUUUAAGUGCUCAAGCUAUACCUUAUAUUUUUAAAGAGCUUUUUCUUAAGGAAUUAAAAAUUCAAUAAUCAUGUGAAGAACUAGCACUAUUACUAAAAUUGAGACAUUGAACUUAAAAACUAUUUUCUGUGCAGAUAGAAGCUGCUCUCAAAGAAGGCAUAUGGAACAUUGAGGGGGUGGAAUUCUAGGGAGGUUAAGGCAGUUGUAAAACAUUGACAUAAACUAAGGAGAAUAAAAAAUAAUCACGUAUUUUCUAAAUGUUGAUAAAUGUAAAGAAUUAUUCUUCUGUAUAAUGAUUUCAAGCAUCUAUUCCUCUUGGACACUGGUCCACAAAGUGUUAAACGCUAAAUGCUUGUCAAAAUACGGCAAUGUGUAAUCAUUGUCCUAUGGAGAGGGAGCCAGAAAAAAACAAUUAAUAAUAAUUUGAUAUUCAUUAAUUCAUGCUUGAUGAGAAGCAGUGGUAAUUGAGCCAUAUGUUUUAUUGUUCUUUUAUUACAUGCUAUCAGAGCAGAUCAAAAGAAAUAAUUUUCUUAGAGUGGGAAUUCAUGGCAGGAAAGGACGAAUGGAAUAGUUUCCCUCCCUUUUAGAUAAAGUGCAUUAUCAUCUCAAUGCCUUUGUAGUAAUUAAAAAUCAUUUGAAUAUC